AUGCCCCGGGACGGGCUGGCCGGGGCCAGCGGCCUGGUGCUGCUGUGGGCGUUCCCGCGCCUUGCGGGGAGAUUUGCGGCCGAGCCCUUAGCUGUCCGGUGCAUCUGGGACAACGAGAGCAAGAUCUCCUAUGUGCUUACAAUAGAAGGGAAGCCCUACACCGUUCACCUGCAGCAGCAAGUGUUUUUACCCAGCGAUUUCAGGGUGUAUACUUACAGCAGACAAGGUGCCGUGCACGCUGAAAUCCCAACUAUUAAGCGUGACUGCUUCUACAGAGGAUACGUUGCUGGCUUCCUCAGUUCGGUUGCGACUCUCAGCACCUGCGCCGGACUGAGGGGGGUGCUGCAGGUGGAGAACAUCACCUAUGGCAUCGAGCCCUUGGACUCGGCACCUGGGUUCCAGCACCUGAUGUAUCGGACCUGGAAUGAGGACGUUGAGAGUCGGAUCUUUGUGGAGAAUGACACUCUUUCAGGGGACGGAGGAGUCGUGCUUCAGCCAGACGCAGAAAGAGACGAUAUACCAACGCACGGCCUCAGCAAAUCCCCCAGAUACGUGGAAAUGCACGUGGUUGUGGCUAAAGCUCUAUACGACUACAUGGGCUCGGACAAGGAGGUGGUGACGGAGAAGGUCGUGCAGCUCCUCGGCUUUGUCAACAGUGUGUUUGCCCCUCUCAAUGUGACUGUCGUCCUGUCGUCCCUGGAGCUGUGGGUGGAUGAGGACCAGAUGGCGACGGCAGGGGAAGCCCCCGAGUUGCUGCAGAGGUUCCUGCGGUGGAAGAGCCUGCAUCGCCCGCUGCGGCCGCAUGACCUCACCUACCUGUUGGUGUCCCGGGAGCGGCCAGAGCACGUGGGGGCCUCCUUUGCAGGGCAGCUGUGUCUGCACAACUAUUCAGGAGGGGUGGCCCUGUACCAGAGAGCGGUGACCCUGGAGACCUUUUCAGUCGUUGUGGCUCAGCUGCUGGGGCUGAGCCUAGGAAUGACCCUUGAGGACCCCAGGACCUGUCGCUGUGCGGGAGCCACCUGCCUCAUGCACCCCAGCGCAGUAGGUGCCCACGGCCCCAAGGCCUUCAGCGCCUGCAGCAUCCGAGACUUGGCGAGGUUCCUGGCGACCGAGGAUGGACGCUGCCUUCUGAACAGGCCGCACAUGAACGUGUCGUACCGGGCGCCCAUCUGUGGCAACAAUGUUGUGGAGCCCGGGGAGGAGUGCGACUGUGGCUCCUCAUGGGAGUGCCAGAGGAGCCGGUGCUGCCAGCCCACCUGCAGAUUCAAAAGCAACAUCAAAUGUUCCACUGGGCUCUGCUGCUCCGACUGCCAGUUCCUGCGCAAUGGUACGUUAUGUCGAAGCACUGUGGACGGCGAGUGCGAUCUCCAGGAGUACUGCAAUGGAUCCUCUGCGGCCUGCCCGCCUGACUUCUGGGUCAUGGAUGGGCACCCGUGCAAGCAGCAGUCUGGCUACUGUUACAAAAGCAAGUGCCAGCUGGCUGACAAGCAGUGCACCCAAGUGUUUGGGAGAGGGGCAAAAAGCGCGCCCUUGGCUUGCUACGAAGAAGUCAAUAGCAAAAAUGACCGCAUGGGGAACUGUGGCUCCCAGCCGACGGGGUACCUGAGCUGUCCGGUGAGUGACUUCCUCUGCGGGAAGCUGGUGUGUGAGCUGCCGCUAAAGAAGCCCUUUGUGAAGACAACAGCAGCCGUCAUCUACGCCAGGGCUAAGAGUCACCUGUGCGUCACCCUGGACUACAUGCAGGACCUGGGCAAGACGGACCCCAUGGCGGUGAGCGACGGCACUGUCUGCGGGGACAAGAAGGUAAGCAAAGGCUCGCGGCAGUGUAGCGGUGGCCAUGACCUGGGCAAGACGGACCCCAUGGCGGUGAGCGACGGCACCGUCUGCGGGGACAAGAAGAUCUGCAUGAACCGGAGGUGCGUGGACGUUUCCAUCCUGGGCUACAACUGUGACAUAGAGGCCAAAUGCAACAAUCACGGGGUCUGCAACAACAGAGGAAACUGUCACUGCGACUCUGGCUGGAUGCCGCCCGACUGCACCAUUAAGACGAAAGCUGGCUUUGGGGGAAGCAUUGACAGCAACUUCAGAAGCGGUCCGAUUGCCGACGGAGUCCGCACAACUGCCAUGAGGAACUGGCUGCUGCUGAGCUGCUUUCUCUUUCUGCCGGUCCUGGUUGGCUCUGUCUUCCUGGUGAUGAAGCGCAAGAAGCUGGCGCAGUGCUGCGACAAGGAGGAGCUGCAGGCUGACAACCUAGAAGACGCGGACAAGCCAGGAGAUCCCAGGGCGUAGCCCGGAGGAGCUGAGGGCCCGUGCUGGGAAUUUCUAGAAGCAGACAGUAUGAGCCAGCAGAAAACCCAAGACGUGGUGUUUGGAAGACGGGCCGCGAGAAGGAUGGAGCGGCCCCGCGGGGCUUCCUGCAGAAGCGGGUGCCUGUUGUUAUGAGCGGGCCUGGUGUAUUUUCUCCUGAGUGGGUGCCGCAGCUUUGCACGGGGCGUGUGUUUUGCUGCGAGUCCCAG